CAUACUACAUUGUGCGAUGAUUGAAGGGAUGUUUGUAUCCGACGUACUCUUACAGUAAGCUGCGAAGUCUGUGCAGAGCAAUUAGAAGCAUCUUCUCUUGUCUUGUCCACGAGAGCAACGCUUCCACUUUGACGGUUCUUGUGAGAGGCAGUAGGUGUAAACACACAUCAUCUAGCCGUGUGGUCCAUAAUACACGUGUGGCCGCGAGGAAACAGUGCCCGGUCGCGAUGGACACCGCACGAGCCUGUACACGUCCAGCAGCGCUCAGCCAUGAUGGGGCUCAAUGCAUAUCACAAAUAAGACCUAAGUGGAGCGCCGCGGCGACGCCGUGCGUGCGUAGCCCUACUAUGAGGGCUGGGCCCGCUCGCCCUGCCGGCGUGCUCAAAGCCACGGGAGGCGACGGGCCCGGCAAACCCGCCCCUGCUCCACUAGAUAGCCCCACACCCGGCGCAGCUCCUCCGACCACCACCUCCGCCGGCGCGCCACAAACCCCCGCCACCUCCAGCCUCACCACCACCAGCCCCGUCUCUCCCGCUGCCUCUUCUAAAACAGCUGCUGGCAGUGGCGAGGGUCAGCAGCCAGAGCAGCAGCCGGACCCAGACGCGCAGGUGGUGGCGGAGCUGGGCGGCGUGUGGGAGAACCUGAAAAAGGAGAUGCGCAAGGACAUGACGCCGGAGCAGGCGCAGGUGCUGGACUCCAUCAAGGUCGAUGACUUGCUAGGGGACAACAACAAUCUUAUGCAGAAGGUGGCUGACGACCAGCUGGGGCCGCUGCUGCGCUCCGUGGGCAUUGAGGAGGACCCGCUGGCCUUCUUCACCGACCUGCUGCGGCUGGGCACGGCGCUGCAGCUGGGCAGCGCCGCGGUGCUGUUCUACGGCGCAGAGCUGGCGGGCGGCUACGACGCAGGCGAAGCGUUCCGCUGCGUGGGCGGCCUGGCUCUGGGCUACCUGUCCCGCCCCUUCUUCAAGGUGGAGCAGCUGCUGUGGCCGCUGUACGACGCAGUGCUGUCCUUCGUGGCGCCAGGGGCCGUGUACGAGGUGGCUCACAGCGCGGAGGAGUCUGCGGCCACGCUGUCGCGGCUCGGCGUGGCGGUGGCGGUGGCCAGCUUCGCCCCGCAGCUGCUAUGGGGCUGGAACACGGAGCAAACGCUGCAGCUCGUGCUACCACUGGCUUGCGGGUGGGUGCUGUUUGACGUGGCCUACAUGGCCGCACUGCUCAUCAAGCUGGGCAGCAGCGACCGGCAGUAGCAACAGCAGUGGGGGUGACAUUGGCGGGCGGCGACAGCCGCUGCAGUGAGGAUGCAGGUGCUGCAGGCAAAUCCUGUGCAGGCACAUGCCCGGUGGCAGGCAGGAGGGCGAGCGGGUAGUACAGCAGCUGGUAGUUGUGUGUGUGAGGGCCAGAGGGGAGGGUGGCGAUGCGGCGGCUGAGGCAGCCUGUAUGAUGCGUGGUUUGUGGCAAGGUUGUAAUGUUGCUCACUUGCAUGUGGGGUGCGGCGGCUGUAGCGUGUGUGUGUCGAGUAUGGAGGACAGGUUGAGCAGGUUUGUCCCCAGCCUUCCGGCCUAGGUCUGUUCACGUAGGGAACUAGAUGGCUUGAUCCUGUCUCAGCGGAGCCUGAGUGGUUCGUCUGUCCUAGGCGCAAACUCAACACAUUGCUUUGGCGUGUGGGGACGCGGCGAUGGCGAGAGCCACGAAUGGCCGUGGGGGCAUGUCGCACCCGUGGAGGGCACUGUAUGCCUUCGGUCUCAGACUGUCACUGACGGUGUGCGAUUGUACAGGAUUGCCCAUACCCCAGCAUUCACUAUGUUGUGUGAGCUUAGCCCAUUUUCUUGUGGACAGGAACCUUGUCCGGAAGCAUUGGGGCUCAGGUUCCUCCUGCAGCUGCUUCGCAGGCAGCCAGAGCUAGAAAGCGGCUUUGAGGGUGGUCUGGCAUUCCUGACACAGGCUGUUUCAGAGCUGCGAGGGCAAGGCACGUGGGCGAGGUUAUGCAGGGUUAUGGUACAUCUUGUGGCGUCUGAAGAGCGGGCUGCUGCAAGUGACCGUACUUUGCAUCGCAACCUGGUUAUAUCAGUGAUGGGUCGGCGGCGCUCCUCUAUUGCCCGUGGCGUUUACCGUCUGGAUGAGGUAACAUGUCUGCUGUGACCGCCUCCUGCUAACCGGCCUUCUAUGCGUGCUAGCGACUACAACUUCUCUUCGUGUCGCGCACAUUCGCGUUCGCAUUUCGACAGCACUCCGCUAACGUUUGCAUGUACAUGUUUUGUACUGUAGUUGGAAGCAGUACAGGAAUGGCUUAGUGGGUAAAGGAUGCGUGAAGAGAGGCGACAGGGUUGCCAGCGCUGAACAGGCUGUCUGACAGCGCCUCACAUUAUGGACCCCGACUGAGGGGAAGAGAUGCUGGAGCAGGCAGUGCAU